AUGUCGAAUCUUGGCCCUCUCAGACUCCAAAGGAGCAAACAGCGGGCUGACGUGGCCUGCGAUUUUUGUAGAUACAGAAAGCUGGGCUGCGAUAAUGCAAGGCCUAACUGUAAAAACUGCUUAACGCAUGGAAGAGACUGUAAAUAUACAGCACGAGUGACGAAAGAAAGACCUUCAAAUUUACGGAUUCGCCAAUUAGAGGAGGAAAAUGCGAGGCUACGUCAAGAGGCAGCAGCUUUACGGUCACUUCAACAGAGGCAUAUCGGAGAAGAACAGACUCACGUGGAUAUGACUAGUUUAAAAGGUCCUGUGCGCUCUGGGAUACUGUCACCCAAUGAGUCAGACACUUCUACGCCAUGGCUGCGUAACCAAGGUCGCGAUAGUGCUUCGACAGACCUUAAUGCUAGGGAAUUGAGAAAGGUAGACUACAACAGGUCUUCUAGCGCCAUGUUUGAUGAGCAAUAUCCGGCUACAAAGGAGAUAACCGCAGCCAGCCAGGUAGAUGUUUCCAUAAAAACGCAGCUAUUAGCUGAGGCUGCCAAGCAGCGUCAACUUGAACCCAUUAAUCUCCGCUUAAACAAAUUGUCUUUUGCUGACAUCGAUCCGUCUCUGGGUAUGAGACUCCUCUCAGUCUUCUGGAACCGCCAACAUGCCAUCGGAUCCAUCAUUUAUCGACCGUCUUUCAUGCGCGACAUGGCUUGUCAAGGAACAUACUUUUCUCCCCUACUUUUAUACUCAAUAUUCUUUCAUGCUUCCAAACAUGUGUCUGAGGUAGGCGCUACGUGUGAUGACUCUGACAUCUGUCAUCCUGGGCGUCAGUUUCGUCAAAAGGCCGAGGAUAUAUUAUUUGGUCGCGAGACCCAAACUUUGUGCAAGAGUAGCAUUCCAACAAUUCAAGCGCUGCUCCUCAUGUCGGAUACACUGUUUUCAUGGUGCGACGAGAGGAGUCUUUCGUGGCACUACUUGGGUAUUGCCACGAAUAUGAUAAUCGAUCUGGGCAUUCAUUCUGAGUCCCCACCACUUUCGUUUAAAAAGUCGCUUUCACCGGAAGACGUCGAGAUACGGCGCAGAGUGUUCUGGUCCGCCUUUGUCUUGGACAAAGUUCAAUCCAUUUACCAAGGGCGCCCAGCUCGUCUCCGUGACAUGGACUGCAGUGUCCCCAUGCUCUUCCUAGACGAGUAUGAAGAACUUGAGCUCUUCAAUAGCGUAGGCUACUCGGAGGUUGCUCAAACGCUCGAUUUACCAAUGCACAGCGGGUCGACAUUUGUGCACCUCUGUAGGCUGAGCACCAUCGCUGAUCGCAUCCUUGCCAGUCUGUACACAGAAGAGAGCUUGCGUAGAGACAAUGACGAGUUAUAUGAAAUGUCUCUCGCUUUGCAUGCUCAAUUGAUUCAAUGGCGGGAUGCAUCCCCCGAGCAUUUGAAGAUCCACUUUGACGAUAAGACUACGGCCGACACAAUGGCUCUUCCGCAUACUCUAUCUUUAGUGUCAAUGUUCUACGCGUUGGUCAUUCUGCUUCACCGUCCCUUCGUCUCCGAAGGCCACCUCUCUUCCACAACUCGCUCACCCACCUACCACGCCUCUUCCCUCUGCGAAAACGCCGCAUCACGCAUUGAUACGGUGCUUCGUCGUUACAAAAAGUACUGGUGCAUAAAAUCCCCGCCGUACUUUUUAUCGUACGCAACCUAUGUGAGCGCAACGAUUCAUGUACGCAUAGCCGCAGAAACGCCUCCGGCCUCAGAAGCGUACAAUCGUCUCCAGAACUGUCUCGAGAUACUAUCCGAACAUCAAAGAAUUUGUCACGCACCAAGACGCUCGAUGGCCAUCUUAGUCAAGCUGAUGCGGCGUCUAAACGUAAACGUUGGAGGCGUGCUUACUGGUACCCGCGAUAAUGACAGCCAAUUGGCCUUACCCUACGACGGUGGAGCGCUGGGUAUGUAUUAUGGAUGCCAGCUGAACAAAGAUGCUCUUGAUAAAGCUGCUUCAAAGUCUCUUCGGUCUCAAGACAUUGUUAAUGUCGUGGGAGUGGCAGCGACUGACUCAGCAACAAGUACGACCUCUCAUCCCGAUAUGGGCAUGAUGUCACUUAGCAACGAUGGCUCAUGCGACGAGGCUCCUGUGUCCUUGCCUACUGGCAAUGGAAUUGAUAGCCUGUUUACGGAUAUGAAUUUCGAAUUCGAUCCGCUUUUUGGCUUUGACAUGGACCAGGCGGAUUUCUUACAGGAUAUUUCUUUCUAG